AUGUCAGAUUUCGCCUCUGGUUCUACCGUAAACAUUAAAACUGAAAUUGUUCGCCUUGCUGAAUCUCAAAAGGAGAAAGCUUGUUUACUUGCCCAUUUCACCAAACAUCAAGAUCAACAAGCUGGAGCGUUCUCAGACCUUAGUAAUUUUGAAGAGGAUGAAAAUAAACUUGAUUAUCUUAGGGCUUUCCUGCCUGUAAGUACUUCAAAGAUAAAUACCGAACAUGUACACGUUUUCGUCGAUAACUCCAAUCUAUACGUUGAGGCGAAAUAUUCUGUUGGCCAACUUGAAAGGAUUUAUGACCGAGUUAAAGUAAUUAACGAAGAUACAAAAGUUGAAGAAUAUCGUCAAGUUUACUAUAUGAAACAUCUUCGGAUAGAUUACGGAUGCCUUCUUACAACUAUUCUGAGUGGACGUAGUAUGGGUAGCAGUCCAGUUAUUGUGGGUUCUCGCCCACCAUCAGACGAUACGCUGUGGAACAAAGUCAAAAGUCUUGGAUAUGAAGUGACCGUGUACGAUCGGAAUAAUGAAAACAAAGAGAAGAGGGUUGACAUGAAACUUGGAAUCUCUAUGGUGGUCCAAACUCUCCUUAAGGCCAAAGGUCCUGGCGUAUUGGUGUUGAUAGCCGGUGACGGGGAUUGUGAACCCGCAUUGGAAGAAAUAUUAAAAGCGGGGUGGAAAGUCGAGAUACGAUUCUGGGCUUCUGCAAUUUCACGUUACCUUAAAACUCCAGAUAUCACUCGUGAAAACAAAGAAUUAAAAAUAGUAUACGAACCUCUGGAUAAAGAAUACCAGAAUUUUACAUUCUGCGUCGGACCUGAUCUCACCAGGAAUAAGAGUGUUUUUCGAAUUGAACGUGAAGAUAUGAAUCACAAUUGGAGUAGUGAAGAAAUAAUGAAAUGUUAUACAGAAUUGCAAUUGUUCUGUUGGUGGUACGAGACAGAUGAUGGGGCACUGGAGUUAUAUUUCAAAAGUAGUGCGCAAUUGGAGAGGGCAGAUCGUUGGAUGAUGAAAAACUUUCCGAAUGUUAAGGCCUGGAAAAUUCAAG